AUGGAAUCAUCAAUGAGCACCUGUCAUCCAUCUUCACACUCCUUCGCACUUUCGUAAUGUCUGAGUUCUCUAGAGAAGAGCUCGAUGAGAUCUAUGCGUUCGCCGUUGAGCUUGGGAAGCGGGCGGGUCAGAUGUUGAGGGAUGCCGCACAAUUGAGAAUGGACGGAGGCGGCGGGACGAAAGCGCAGGAUGAGCAUGUGCAAAAGAUGAAUGCAGUCGAUCUGGUCACCGAAACGGAUGAGGAUGUGGAAGCUUUCAUCAAGACCCAGAUCACACAGAAGUACCCUUCACACAAAUUCGUGGGCGAAGAAUCAUAUUCGAAGGGUGCGAGUCGCGACUACCUCAUUGAUGAAAGCCCUACGUGGUGCGUUGACCCGUUGGAUGGUACUGUCAACUACAUCCACCUGUUCCCGAUGUUCUGCGUCUCGAUCGCUUUCAUCCACAGAAGCAAGCCCCUCAUCGGUAUUAUCUACGCUCCGUUUAUCAACCAAUUCUUCUCUUCGUGCGCUGGUCGCGGAGCCUUCUUGAACGGAACGCAGCAACUGCCGCUUAUUCGCAACCCCAUUGCACCUAUGCCGGAAAAGGCGCCAGCAGGCUGUGUGUUCUCGUGCGAGUGGGGCAAGGAUAGGAGAGACAUUCCGGAUGGCAACAUGCACCGCAAGAUUGAGAGUUUCGUCAACAUGGCAGCUGAGCUUGGUGGAAGGUCAGGCAGAGGUGGAAUGGUACACGGUGUUAGGAGCCUGGGAAGUGCGACAUUAGACCUAGCUUACGUUGCGAUGGGAUCUUUUGAUAUCUGGUGGGAAGGUGGAUGCUGGGAGUGGGACGUCGCGGCAGGUGUUGCAAUCCUGCUCGAAGCAGGAGGCCUGAUGACAACCGCAAACCCACCUGCAGACGAAGCUACAUGCCCAAUACCAGAUGUUAAGCUGGGGAGCCGGCUGUACCUCGCCAUUCGACCAGCCGGACCUUCACCCACAGAGACUGGACGCCAGAGCCAAGAGAGGACUGUCCGAGAAGUAUGGCGACGUGUACGAAACUUAGAUUACUCACGCCCAGGCGCGUAAUGCACACAGCAUGUCUAGAGCAGCUCCCCAUUCCCCUCGCAUGGAGCUCAGCAUCUUCCAAAUUAACGAAACCGACUUCGAACGCUCAACAACGCUCAGCAACGCUCAGCAACGCUCAGCAACGCUCAAGAUUCAGUACCGAUAGUAUUGCGCGACAAACCAUUUACGAAGUACAGCGCGUCAUUUUCAUGGUACCGAAGAUUAUCCAGAGGUCUAGCCCGGUUGACUGCAGCCGCGACGUCACGCUUAAAGUCACAUCCAGGUGGCGAAUCAUCGUCAUGGCCCAG